AUGCGAGCGAUGCAGUCAUUUUUGGGAAGCCUCAACUACUACAGCAGAUUCAUUGAAGACUUCGCAAUAUACGCGGCGGUUUUGUAUGAACUACGAGAGGCGGAUUUUCAUGAGAUCAACCGUUUGAGUGAAGAUCCGACGCCUAUCGCAGCCGUAAGACCUGAUGACGCUCGCGAAGGAAGAGUGAAGGGCGAUCGUACUUUGUGUCCAAAAGCUGAGAUCGAUCGCGAUUUGUACCCAAUUGUGGGGGGCGAUCGUGAUUUGUGUCCAAAAGCUGAGAUCGAUCGUGAUUUGUACCCAAUUGUGGGGGGUGAUCGUGAUUUGUGCCCAAAACCGGAGAUCGAUCGCGAUUUGUACCCAAUUGUGGGGGGCAAUCGGGAUUUGUGUCCAAAAGCUGAGAUCGAUCGCGAUUUGUACCCAAUUGUGGGGGGCGAUCGUGAUUUGUGUCCAAAAGCUGAGAUCGAUCGUGAUUUGUACCCAAUUGUGGGGGGUGAUCGUGAUUUGUGCCCAAAACCGGAAGUCGAUCGCGAUUUGUACCCAAUUGUGGGGGGCAAUCGGGAUUUGUGUCCAAAAGCUGAGAUCGAUCACGAUUUGUACCCAAUUGUGGGGGGCGAUCGAAAUUUGUGCCCAAAACUUGAGAUCGAUCGCGAUUCGUACCCAAUUAAGGGGGGCGAUCGUGAUUUGUGCCCAAAACCGGAAGUCGAUCGCGAUUUGUACCCAAUUGUGGGGGGCGAUCGGGAUUUGUGCCCAAAAGCUGAGAUCGAUCGCGAUUUGUACCCAAUUGUGGGGGGCGAUCGAAAUUUGUGCCCAAAACUUGAGAUCGAUCGCGAUUCGUACCCAAUUAAGGGGGGCGAUCGUGAUUUGUGCCCAAAACCGGAAGUCGAUCGCGAUUUGUACCCAAUUGUGGGGGGCGAUCGGGAUUUGUGCCCAAAACUUGAGAUCGAUCGCGAUUCGUACCCAAUUGUGGGGGACGAUCGAACGCCUGAGACCAGGAACCGAUGGGAGAAGGCGAUAAUCGCAUUCACAUUGCUGAAAGCUAAGAUAGCCACAACUCCAAUCUUAAAACAUUUUGAUCCCGAUCGGUCUCCUGUGAUCAUGGUGUACGCUAGUAAGUAG